AUGAAUCGCUUACAAACUGAGGGCCACCAUGCCCCGGGUCCGCAUGGGGUCUAUGAGGGUGCAUAUCGCGCGCCAUACCCUCCCCCUCCGCCCUACGAUGCCCAGGAGCCACGUCGUUUGUCCGCGCAAGCCCACCCGCAUCCCCCACCAGGAUUUCCCGUCAAUCCAAGCCGCCAGCUACCCCAGCUUCCGGAAGAUGGACCUUAUGGCCGCCCAAAUAGUAUGCCAAAUGGAAUUAGCAAUGGUCUGCCAGCACCUUCACCACGUCAAGGUCUUCCGGAGCCGGGUCCCAUACACACCGGAUAUCGCCCACCGAUCAAUGGAUCCCCGCAUGAGGCUUCGCCACAGUCUGCUCCGGCGGACUAUCGCGCACGUAUGAGUUAUCAAUCCAACGAAGGAUCUAUACCUAGUGAAUCGACCCCGCCCAUCUCUGUGCCGGCCCAUGCACCACACUACGUUUCACCAGCUGCACAAGUCCCCGUUGGCGCAUCGUUUUCUUAUGACCCAGGGUACGCGCAGAACCCUGCAUUUGGAGCCCGCCAGCAACAACAGCGUAAGGCGGCUCGAGCGACACAAGCAUGCGAUCAAUGUCGCGCAAGGAAAGCCAAAUGCGAUGAAGGACGACCGGCUUGUAGCCACUGCAAAGAAAAUAGCCUCUCUUGCGUGUACAAGGAAGUGCCGCCGCACAAGCAAGAUAAGGGAGCUCAAGUACUCCUCGAUAGGAUCGAUAAAUUCCAGGACAAUACUCAGGACAACUUUGAUCACCAGAACUCGAAAUUGGACGUAUCGACUGCAAAAGUGGAAAACAGGGUAGAAUCGAUGCGAGAGGAGCUCAGCAGGAAGCUGGACAGCUUGGACCACAACAUAAAGCUUCUCUUGGGCAUCCCUAUACAAAAAGCGAAUCACCAACCACACUUGCUUGAACAGUCUUUUAAGGUUGAGUCUCAACUGACAAAGCCGGAGAUCCCUAACGAGAGUACAUCUUUUCCGCCUCCAGGAUUACCGGCAGAUGAUAUUCCAGCCCUCGCUGAUGAUUUGAAAAAAGAUGACGGCGAGGGCGAGUUGUCCAUUCCUGUGGAGCACACAACUGCGGCACACAAGCUUCUGAUGUGGCCCUCCAUUCAAGGACUUCUCAGUCCGCACAAAUACGAUGCGGAUUAUGUGAUGAUAUUAGAAGAGAGACGUGGUCUCACUAGUAUCUAUGGACAGGGUGAGAAUUCGUACACCGCUGACGAUACACAACUGGCUUCUGCUAUCAACAACUGGGACCGUAAGGGUUUGACCGAAGAUGGAAUUUCCAUAGUCCAGGGCGGAGGAGCAGCACAUGACUUGGACGCAGAAAUCGACCGACAUGGCCUAUUACGCCUCGAUGCGCACACCGCAGAUCGCUACUACCGGAGUUACCUUACUCAUCUGCAUAGGCUUCAUCCAUUCCUCGACCCAUCAGUAUUGACACGUCAAAUCGAUGAAUUUUGUCGGAUCUAUUGUCCCAGCCCCUAUGAACGGGACCGAAUGAAUACCAUGUGCCGGGACAACCCAGGUGCUAAGCGGAAACGUUCCUAUGAUGACAUGGAUGGUGUACGAGGUGCUUCUGUUGACCCUACUGCUCCGACUUCUCGACCCCGCGUUGGCAAGAACAUUGAUACCGCUGUGAUUUUGUUGGUCUUUGCCCUGGGAGCUAUUUGCGAGGCCAAGUCACCGGUACCAGGGCCGAUCACAGACGACAAGGGCAGCUAUAUGGACCAGUACAUUCCUGCUCCCUCGCUUCCUUUACCACAAAGUGUGCAAAAAGCGAACGGCACGCAAUCGUACGCAGGCCUCUCCCCCGCCGAUUCAGACAUACUCAUUCCGCCAUCAUACACCAAUACCGCCCAAAGCGCAGCCUCGUCAUUUUCGUCCACGGCAGGAAAGGACACUACCGGGAUCAACCUUUCAAGGCGACACAUCUCCACCUCUCAAAAUGAGUAUGGCAAAGUCAAAAAUCUCCAGGUCAUUCCGGGAUUGGCUCUUUACGGAUAUGCUACGCAAAUCUUGGGUCCUCUGCAAGGAGGAGUAGAGCUGGAACACGUACACGCAGGCUUGCUUGCUGGUCUAUAUGCUGGACAACUGGCUCACCCUUUCCAAAGUCAUGGCUGGAUUUCCCAGGCUGCUCGUGCUUGUCAAGUUCUUGUGCGACAGCGGCGGUAUGAGAGGCUGGAAGAGGGCCAUGUGAAAGACAUGUACAACUUCGCCUACUGGACCUGUCUACAACUCGAGAGUGAUCUCCUCGCGGAGCUCGACAUUCCUGCUAGUGGGAUCUCACGAUCCGAGGGUCGGAUCACUAUUCCCAAGGGGAAACACACCAUGGUCCCAGGUGGGAUUAUGUCACCAGAUCCCAUGCUGAUGUUCUUCUACUCCGCGCAAAUCCAUCUCCGCAAGGUUCUCAAUCGUGUUCACACCGACCUGUACAAAGUUGAAAAAGCCGACGAAAAGCGGUGGUCAUCAAGCGUGCAGAAAGCUCUUAGUGUGAACCUCGACCUUUGGCGCACCAGCCUUCCAGAUUCUAUGACGUGGAGUGACUCUGACCCACCAGCUACUGAAAUCAAUACUGCUCGUAUGAGAGCAAAGUAUUAUGGAGCUCGGUACAUCAUUCAUCGACCACUAUUAUACCACGCUCUUCACUACGGUCAGCAUGGUGCGCGGGUGGAUGGACGUCGCGUGGAAGCCUCUGUGGAUUCCCCCACCAGCUCCGCAAACACCUCAUCCCAGCAGAUGUCACCAUCUAUGACUCAGAAUCCCCGGGCCCAACCCAUGACACGCAUCAUGAGUGAUAUGACUAGCACACCAAAUGAUGCUUCAAAAUACUUCCCGAAUGGGUUGCUUAAACCCACUGUGAAGUACCGUGAUCUUCCACCGCAACUCCGCCAGGCCUGUAAGGCCUGUAUCGAGUCUGCGAUCCAGAGCACACAGGCUUUUGAUAGAAUCGAAGACCGCCUUGUGGUGACAAAUAUCUUUGGAACCGCUCACGCACAAUUCGGUAACAUGCUAGUCCUGUCAGCGACUUACAAAUCCAGUCUCAGUGACCUCGUCGACGCAUCACUUUUAGAGCGACUCCUCCGACGAACAAUCCAUUUCCUGUUACGUAGCCAGCAUAUCUCGCCAACACUCCGAGCCGAUGCCAGGAUCUUGACAGAGAUUUACGAGAAGAUUUUCGAAAAGACUUUCCAGCCUAAUGCGGCAGUUGAUCCACUACCAGAAGCGUGGCCAUGA